AUGAAUUUCCCGGAGAGAUGGUGUAAAUGUAUUAAAGGAGUGUUGGAGUCGGCUAGGUCGUCGGUCCUAGUUAAUGGCUCUCCGACUAGUGAAUUUUCAUGUGAGAAGGGUAUGAGACAAGGUGAUCCUAUCUCGUCGUUCAUGUUUAUCAUUGUUAUGGAGGCUCUUUCGGGUCUUAUAAGGAAGGCGUGUGAUGUGGGUUCUUUUAGUGGCAUUCGGCUUCCGAAUGGAGGACCUAUUCUUUCUCAUUUAUUGUACGCAGAUGAUGCGAUGGUUAUGGGAGAGUGGUCGGAAAACAAUUUUGUGACUCUUAAAAGACUGCUUCAAGUGUUUCAUUUAUGUUCGGUCCUUCAGAUUGAUAUUCAUAAAUCUACUUUCUUUGGUGUGGGGAAGAAUAUAGACGAGAUUAGUGGUAAGGCGGUUUCUAUGGGAUGUCGUUCGGGUGUCACUCUAUUUUCGUAUCUAGGAAUCUUAGUUGGUGCUAAUAUGAAUAGAAUAAGUAAUUGGGAUCCGGUGUUGAAAGUUUUUAAAACUCGUUUGUCCAAGUGGAAAUCGAAUGUUCUAUCUAUUGGUGGAAAGUUGACGCUAAUAAAAUCGGUGUUGGAGAGUUUGCCUUCUUACUACUUCUCUUUGUUUAUGGCGCCUGUUGCGGUUAUAAAUAGCCUUGAGUCUCUGAUUAAGAAAUUUCUAUGGGGAGGAAAUAUGGAUGUUAAUAAGGUCUAUUGGGUUGGAUGGGAUGUAGUGUCUACAUCUAAGAAACAAGGAGGGUUGGGUCUAAGUAAGUUUGGAGAGAGUAACAACGCUUUAUUGUUAAAAUGGCUUUGGCGUUAUCGUAAGGAAGGUAAUUCUAUGUGGAGAAGAGUUAUUGAUGCGAUACAUGGGUCUACGAGGAGGUGGGAGACCUAUCCUCAUAAAUCUAGGUUCUCGGGGACAUGGACGAAGCUUGUUAAUAGUGUCUGUCGUAUAAAGGUGGGUGAUACAUAUGACGUAAACAUGAUAAGGGGUCAAGUGGGUAACGGGGCCAAUAUAAAGUUCUGGAUCGAUCCUUGGCUUAAGUAG